AUGGUGAGAUCGAAAGGCCCUGAUGACUGCAGGAUUCCCUCGUCCAUCUUCGAGAGAACCAAGUCAACGGCACCGGUGGAGUGGAGCGUCGCCUCCAAUGAAUCCCUGUUCAGCAUCCACGCGGGCAACUCCAGCUUUUCGAGGGAUUAUCUCUUCCUCUCCGGUAUGUCCGGCGAGCUGCCCAACUUCUCCAUCAGUCCUGGCCCACAAGCCCCGGGGGACGAUCUCCGCGCAGCUGCAAAAGCCGAGGCCAUGAAGGACGUCCCGGGAGCUGCUGCAAUUGGCCACAGCGAUGGAAGCAAACUUCCUGUUGAGAGCAACCGCCACUCUGCAAGCACCUCGCGCCAUUCUAUUGCAAGCAACCAGUCUUUUGCAUUCCCCGUGUACGUCUUUUCCUUCCCAACUCCUAAGAUCAUCCACAUCAACAAGAAGCCUGACGGAGGUCAGCUGCUUGCAGAUUUGCAGAAGCAAGGAGUGGGUCUGUGAAGGUUGAACGGACGCAGCACAAGCAGCAGCAGAAGAAGCCAGCAGAGCCAGAGGAAUCGUCCUCUUCAUCCCCUGCGGUGGCUCUCGGUGCUCAACAGAAAAGCUGGUUUUCCUGCUUCUGUUGCGGGUUCUAUCGUUGA